CGGGACUGUGGCCUCCGCUUCCCGUGCCGUGAGGGGGCACCGCCCGCCGCCGGGCCGGCCUGGGCUCCUAAGCUGAGGGGCCGUGGCUGCCGUCUGCGUAGGGGCGGCGAGGGCUCAGCCAUGCCCAGGCAGCUCCCCGGCUGGAUUCCCGGCCUGAGGGCAGUGAAGGGGGGGUGUGCUCGCGUAGCUGGCUGUGUUUCCAUGGGCCCCGUGCUGGGCGUGCUCGUGUGUGGCGGCAGCGGCAGCAGCUCCCGCCCCUCCGCGCUGAGGCGAGGCACGCAGCCGAGUGCUGGAUCCAUCGGUGGCGGAGCUUGGAUACACCCCCAGCUCCAGGCGGGCACACGGAGUACGCUGUCCUCGUCUGGGAACUGUUGUGGCUGAGCCUAUGUGCAUGUGGCUCUCUGGGAGAGAAGUUGCGAGGCUGUGAGGACAAUUAAUAUGGGUUAGACUAGGGGGAGAGAAUGAUGUCAGACAGUGUUAACGAUGUAUAUAAAUAACUAAAGGCUUGGUGUCAGGAGGGAGGAUCCAGACUCUUCUUGGUGGUGCCGAGCAAUAGGGCAAGAGGCAAUGGGCAGAAACUGAGGCAUAGGAAGUUUCACCUGGCUAUGGGGAAGAACUUCUUUACUGUGGGAGUGACCACACUGAAACAGGUUGCCCAGAGAGGCUGUGGAGUCUCCCUGGAAAUAGUCAAGAACUGUCUGGACACAGUUCUGUGCCAUGUGUGCUGGGAUGACCCUGCUUGAGCAGGGAGGUUUGACCAGAUGACCACUGUGGUCUCUUCCAACCUUCCCCUUUCUGUGAUUCUGAGAAUAAUCAAACUGAAAUUUCAACCUGGUUACCACUGUUCACUUGUUAUGGCCUUCCCUCAGUGCUAUGAAGGUGACCACUGAAUCCUUAAGAAAAUGGUGGUGAACUUGAGAUUUUGUGUUCUGAAUUAUGGAAGUGUUUCAUGGGGGCAAAUACCUGCUAUUAAACUUUUCCCGAAUUUAUGCUUUUAUGUCAUUUAAGAUAUUUUUGAUUCAACAGUUACAAAAAAAAUUAUGUGCACAGUGAAAGCUGUUUAGAGAAAAGAAGUAAAAGUCUGCAGCCUUUCACCCCCUGUUCAUCUGUCACUCAGCAAUGGAUGGAUGAUGAUGAAGAAAAGAGAACCUCAGUCUAAGAGCCUUUGCACCACAAAGCUGGUUGCUUUUUGAGAAGAUUGAAGUGUCCAGACUGUCUAAGUAGCUUGCAAGACCUCCUGCUCUGUUUCUCACAGUUAAAAUAAUCGUCAGCCAUGGAGGCCCCCUCCCCCAGCGCGGCACACCUGAGUGAGUGGCAGGAAAGUUCCUUUGCUGUCACCUCUGGCACCUGCACGCCUGGGCAGAAGGCAGAUGGGUUCCGUGCCAAGAUGCUGCGCAUUCAGUAUGCAUGGGCAAACUCCGAGAUCUCCCAGCUCUGUGCUGCCAGCCUGUUCAAGAAGUACGCAGAGAAAUACUCUGCCAUUAUUGACUCUGGCAACGCAGAGACUGGCUUGAAUAACUAUGCGGAAAACAUUUUGACUUUGGCAAAAUGUCAGCAAAGUGACAGUGACAAGUGGCAAUCUGCCUUGACAACAGAUAAUGUGUUUGAAUUGAAGUGUGUGCGAGAGAGGAUGCGGGCUGGCAAAAUUUUCCAGAGCUCUCAGAUGGCACCGACAGAUGCCCGUGUACGAGCUGAUAAAGGGGUCAGCGCCCCCGCUGCUCCAGCUCUUCCUAAACUCCAUGUCUUCGGCGGUACCGGGGAGACUGAGCUCACUGCUGCCUCAGCAAAAUGUGCAAGUCAGGGACCAGAGCUUCUUGGGCAUCUCUCAUCUUCCAAGUCCCUUCAAAGCAGUGUGCCUCCUGUGACCAGAACUGCAGACACACUUCCUGCCGCUUCAGCCUCCUUAGGCAAACAGGUUCUUCCAGGUUUCCAGGCAACUCCGCUCUUUGGAAGUAAAGAAGCCACUAACAGUAGUUCUCUGAAAAUGCCAGGUAACUGUUAUGAUGGACAAAAUUCCUCUCUUUUCAACCAGUCAGCUUUAUCUGCCUGGUCUGCAAAUUCUGGGAAAAGAAAAGCAUUCUAUGGUCUGGCUGAUGAAGGCAGCACAGCUGUUCCUAGCCUUGCUCCAUGUCAGGCCUCCAUUUCUACAGAAACUAAUGGUUUUUCAGGGCAGAGAAACAGAAAUGAAGAGAGCAGUGCUCCUGGGUUUAAAACUGCAAAGGAACAGCUGUGGGUGGAUCAGCAAAAGAAAUCUCAAAACCAGCGUGCUCCAGUUUCAUCAUAUGGAGGCGUAAAAAAGUCCCUGGGUGCAGGCAGGUCUCGGGGUCCGUUUGGCAAGUUUGUGCCUCCAGUUCCGAAACAAGAUGGAAGUGAAAAUGGAGGAGCACAGUGUAAGCCUCAUGUAGGGGAAUCAACAGACCCGUUGCUGCCUGUGGAUGAACGGCUGAAAAACAUAGAACCAAAAAUGGUUGAACUCAUCAUGCACGAGAUCAUGGAUCACGGGCCUCCGGUCAGCUGGGAUGACAUUGCUGGAGUGGAGUUUGCCAAAGCUACCAUAAAAGAAAUAGUGGUGUGGCCCAUGCUGAGACCAGACAUCUUCACCGGCUUGCGUGGUCCUCCCAAAGGAAUUCUGCUCUUUGGCCCCCCUGGGACUGGCAAGACCCUCAUAGGCAAGUGCAUCGCAUGCCAGUCUGGAGCAACUUUUUUUAGCAUCAGUGCCUCCUCUCUGACUUCCAAGUGGGUGGGUGAGGGGGAGAAGAUGGUCCGUGCGCUGUUCGCUGUGGCGCGCUGCCAGCAGCCAGCCGUGAUUUUCAUCGACGAGAUCGAUUCCCUGUUGUCCCAGCGCGGAGAGGGGGAGCACGAGUCGUCCAGGAGAAUAAAAACUGAAUUUCUGGUGCAGUUAGAUGGGGCAACAACCUCCUCUGAAGAUCGGAUCCUGGUGGUUGGAGCAACAAAUCGACCCCAGGAAAUCGAUGAAGCUGCCCGAAGGAGACUGGUGAAGAGACUGUACAUCCCUCUCCCAGAAGGCUCCGCCAGGAAGCAGAUUGUCACCCGGCUGAUGGCAAAGGAGCACUGCUCUCUGAAUGAAGAGGAAAUCAAACUCAUAGUCCAGAAGACCGAUGGGUUUUCUGGAGCAGACAUGACACAGCUCUGUCGGGAAGCUUCCCUGGGCCCCAUCCGCAGUCUGCAGUCCAUGGACAUUGCAACCAUCACGCCGGAGCAGGUACGGCCCAUCUCUUUCCUGGACUUUGAGAGUGCCCUGAGGACAGUGCGGCCCAGCGUGUCCCCCAAGGACCUGGAGCUCUAUGAAACCUGGAACCAGACGUUUGGCUGCGGCAGAUGAGCUGCAUCACAGCUGUUUCACAGGAGCAGUGUGGGAUUUCAGCACUGCCACGUAUUAAACCUGUGGCAAUUUCGUGCAUCUGCACUUUGUUUUGUUUCUGUCCUGGAAUUAAACCUCCUCAUGUUAUGCAGGCAGAUGUCCAGGCUCUGGCUGAGGCUUUUGCUGAAAAGACCAUGAGGAACUGCUGCUCAUGAUACAAGAAAUUGCUGAACAGCAGUGGCAUUGAGAGGCUGACAGCAUUUACAGAUUGCUGGGAGAGAUGGAAACAAAUUUCCCUGAUGUUUCAGGGGAAGGUUAUCAAACCUCAAAAAUAAUUGAAAGGAGUACUUGGGAACUCUUGCAAGGUCCACCAUACUGUGUCAGUAAGGGAUUCAAGUAAUAGCAGGAAUACUGAUUUUGGGUAGGAGUAUGGCAAAACUGGACAGGGAAGAAUAAUUAGAGGUGCUUUGUUUGGGAGGAGAGGGUGGAGGUGGACUUACAUGGAAAAAUGGAAGGGAGAACGAAAGAGGAAGGUCUCUUGAGUGUUGCUCUUGUCUGACAGCUUUUUGGAUCAUCACUGCAGUCAAUCCCAGCUUCUCAUUAAAAACUUUUUUGGAUGA